UGCAAUCAUCCCCUCCUCCACCACCCGCUCAGUUGCACCACCCAAAAAUAAACAAGCUAUGGGCUCCGUCGUCCUUCCCCACCUCACCACAGGCUGGCAUGUCGACCAAGCAAUCCUCUCCGACGAGGAGCGCCUCGUCGUGAUCCGCUUCGGCCGCGACUGGGACCCAGACUGCAUGCGGCAGGACGAGGUGCUCUUCCGCAUCGCCGACCGCGUCAAGAACUUCGCCGUCAUCUACGUCUGCGACAUCGACCAGGUGCCGGACUUCAACCAGAUGUACGAGCUCUACGACCCCAUGACGAUCAUGUUCUUCUUCCGCAACAAGCACAUGAUGUGCGACUUCGGCACGGGCAAUAACAACAAGCUGAACUGGGUGCUGGAUGAUAAGCAGGAGCUUAUCGAUAUUAUCGAGACGAUUUAUAAGGGGGCGAAGAAGGGGAGGGGCUUGGUGGUUAGUCCGAAGGACUAUUCGACGAGGUAUCGGUAUUGAGCGAGGGGGUUGCUGCGGUAUUUGUGUUUUUGGGCAGGCGCUGGGGAAAUGG